AUGUCACCAACCGCUCAAAUUGCUAAGACACCAACACCACGAGACGAUACUGAUAGUACAGAUCAGCGCGAAACAUGGAGCGGCAAAGUCGAUUUUUUAUUAUCGGUUAUUGGAUUCGCCGUAGAUUUAGCAAACGUCUGGAGAUUUCCCUAUUUGUGUUACAAAAAUGGCGGUGGCGCUUUUCUAGUACCGUAUUGUGUUAUGUUGUUAGUUGGAGGCAUUCCUCUUUUUUAUAUGGAAUUAGCUUUAGGUCAGCAUAAUCGUAAAGGAGCAAUAACUUGCUGGGGACGUCUCGUGCCAUUAUUUAAAGGGAUUGGAUAUGCUGUGGUGCUUAUUGCCUUUUAUGUGGACUUUUAUUAUAAUGUCAUUAUAGCUUGGUGCUUACGAUUUUUAUUUGCAUCUUUUACCAGUGAUCUACCAUGGACAUCAUGCAACAAUAUAUGGAAUACAGAAAACUGUAAACCGUUUGAAAUACAAAAAGAUGGCAAAGGCUUAAUGGGUAAUUUUUCAGAUUUAUUUAGUAAUCAAACUCUACUUUUUAGCAACGAAACUUUCUUAAAUGUAACAACGACUGCUGAGGCACCAUUGCCAAUAGAACGAUUUCAAUCCGCCGCUUCCGAGUACUUCAAUCGUUAUAUAUUGGAGUUGAAUAGAAGUGAAGGUCUACACGAUUUGGGUUCCAUUAAAUGGGAUAUGGCUCUAUGUUUAUUAGCAGUUUAUUUAAUAUGUUAUUUUUCACUCUGGAAAGGUAUAAGUACGUCGGGUAAGGUUGUCUGGUUCACAGCGCUUUUUCCAUAUGUUGUGCUACUUAUUUUGCUUAUACGUGGUAUAACACUGCCCGGUUCAGCAAUGGGUAUACAAUACUAUCUGAAUCCGAACUUCGAUGCCAUAUAUAAAGCUGAAGUAUGGGUCGAUGCGGCAACACAAGUAUUUUUUUCUUUGGGUCCAGGUUUUGGUGUCUUAUUGGCAUACGCUUCUUAUAAUAAAUACCACAACAAUGUAUACAAAGAUGCCCUACUAACGAGUUGUAUUAAUUCGGCAACUAGUUUCGUAGCUGGUUUUGUUAUAUUUUCUGUACUUGGUUAUAUGGCACAUACAUCUGGACAGAAUAUUGAAGAUGUGGCUACAGAAGGUCCAGGUUUGGUAUUUGUUGUCUAUCCAGCUGCUAUAGCAACAAUGCCUGGUAGCACAUUUUGGGCUUUAAUAUUCUUUAUGAUGUUGCUAACGCUGGGUUUGGAUAGUUCGUUUGGUGGCUCUGAGGCUAUAAUAACAGCGUUGAGUGAUGAAUUUCCAAAAAUUGGUCGAAAUCGUGAAAUUUUCGUUGCUGGUUUAUUUUCACUUUAUUUUGUAGUAGGUUUGGCUAGUUGCACGCAAGGUGGCUUUUACUUUUUCCAUUUGCUGGAUCGAUAUGCGGCAGGUUUCUCAAUACUCAUAGCUGUCUUUUUCGAAGCUAUUGCAGUUUCAUGGAUUUAUGGCACAGAUCGUUUUUGUGAGGACAUACGCGAUAUGAUAGGUUUUGCACCCGGAACAUAUUGGCGUGUCUGUUGGCGCUUUGUGGCACCACUUUUUCUUCUCUUUAUUACUGUUUAUGGACUGAUUGGGUAUGAACCACUCAGUUAUAAGGAUUAUACUUACCCAGGUUGGGCAAAUGGUUUAGGUUGGUGUAUAGCAGGAUCAUCCAUGAUAAUGAUACCAACGGUUGCAAUAUACAAAUUGAUAACUACACCAGGCAGUCUCAAACAGCGGCUGCGUAUACUUACUACACCAUGGCGCGAUCAACAGGUUUCCAUCAAUGGCAUUACAGCAGAAGCUACGCAAGUUAGACUCACCGAUGCUAAAGAAGGCGCUGAGGUUUGAGAUCGACCUUAUGCUCGAUUUCAAAUCUAUUAUGUGUAAACUGUUAUUUACCAACAACAAUGUAACUUUUGCUUGAUUCAAUCGAAAUGUUAGCAUCUGCAUUUAGGGAUUUAGUGUGUAAGUUUAUUAUAUAAAAUUUAAGAGUUAAAGUUAAAGUUAAUUUUGUACACAUACGAAGGCAAAUUUCAUAUACAACGUACUUAGGUUUCGUUAAAGCCGAAUAUAGCGACACACACAAUAUUAUAAAAUAAGUAAAUAGUUUAGAAUUGUAUUUAAAAUCAAAUCAAAAUGCUGUGUAGAUAAUAUAAAGUGCAAAAGUAGUUGACAUUUGUUAAAAAGUUAAAUAAAAUAGAAAAGUUGCUUUCUUAAUGUUAUGAAUGUUUUGACAGUCUAUUUAGC